AUGGCAUCACCGCUAUCAGAAGUCGACAUUCGCGGUGCCAUCCCUCUGGCUUCUGCGCUGUCUUGGCACGUAUCGACGUCUGACCCUGUCGUGUGCCAGGGCAGGAAGGACAAACUACGUAAACUCGAGGAAGGACUUGAGCAUGAAACAGAGGUGAAGAUCAAGGCCACCGAAGACAUCUGCAUCUCGAUGAUGCUUUUAGGAUGCAUGGGCUUCAUGAUGGCCAACUUCUAUCUCAUAAACUGGCCGGAUGAGGACAUCAAGCGGAUUUCAUGGGAGGUGAUCAGUUCAACGGUAUCCAUCUUCUCGGCCGUCUUGCUCUUCCAGGCUUGCAACAAGGUCCUGGAGUAUUACAUCCUGGAAGGCAUGUGGAUUUGGGGUCAGCUGGUCAUCGACAUGAUGCACAUGACGGCGUGGUUCUUGAUCUUGCAGCUGACAUUGGCCUACUUCUCGGGUGCCUUAGGGGAGCACCACGAGGUUGGGAAGCACAAGCUGUCAAUCAUGUCGGCUGCAGCUACCGAAUCAAUGUCGGACUUCCGGAAGAAGCUGCAGCGAGAAAACUCGGCGAAGGAACACUUCGAGGCAGUCGAGGUCAAUGUGGAGUGCUAUGCCAUACUUCUCGGCCACAUCACGGGCUUUGCGGCUAUCAAUGCAUGGGGAACGCUUCAGCAGGCCGUUCCGAGAAACCUGGUUUGGUGUGGUCUUGUGCCGGUGAUUACCCUUGUUGGGAUUUUGUGUAUCUAUGCUGGCACUGACACGUUGAGAGAGUACAAGACGCUUGCUGACGACGAAGAGGAUGAGUGGGAGAAGCUGUGGGACGAAGAGGUUGCCGAGACAGAAGACGAUGUCAUGGCAUUGGCCGUGUCUUUCUUGCUCGUCCAGGUUCUCCGAUUUGGUAUCAGUGGCCAGCUACCCAAUUCCGAGGGAGAAGAUGAGGAGGGAUCGCAGCACUCGGCCACAGAAUGUGGCAUGCUACUUAUGGCUGCAGCUGCUUUUGGAUGCUUCGAGAUUGUGAAGAUCACCUGCCGCAAGGCCAUCCGAAAAGCUCUCGGUCAAAGCGCCUCUGGUGGACAUGCUGGCCAUGCCGCUCAUGGUGAGAAGGAAGACCCGUCAGUUUGGGAUCGCCUGAACCACGUGUGGAUUCGGGACAUUUGUGCCAUGUGCACCGCAUGGAGUUUGCACUUCGCAGUGGACUGGUUCCUGACCACCAACCUGGAUGUGGAAGGAGCUGUGUCCGCUGUCGUUUGUGCUGUCGUCGUGACAUGCUUGGCUCUUGGCCUGAUCUUCGUGCUGGACAAGCUUGCCGACAUGGAGUUCACUGAUGAUGAGGUCGACGCCGCGUUGCGUGCCCUCAUCACCUCCUUGGGUAUCUUGAUUGGAUUCUCCUGGGAGCGCAGCUUCGAUGCAGCCGUCGGAGGCCUCGCGGAGCAGCGGGCCUUCGGCCUCGCUCCGCCGGUCAUCACGCUGCUGCUUGCCAUCAUCUUGGCGAGCAUGGUGGUUCCAGCAUGGAAGUGGUACAUCCUUCCGACAACGCUGAAGUACAAGAAGGAAGCCCAUCACGCCAACCACAAUGACGGCGAACAUGGCUCGACGGAGCAUGGUGAGCUUCAUGACGCGGAGGCUCCUGCGCAGAGUGCAGACUUGUCGCAGCCUUUGCUGACUGGCAAGAAGGAAGUGAGCUUUCGGGAGGGCGAACCAGACGUGAUAGUGCCCUCCCAGGGCAAAGAGGCUCAGAAGCGGCUGGAGGCUCAAGCAAAGCAGCUGGCGGAGCUGCAAGCUGCCCUGGCCGCAAAGGAGCAGGAGGUCCAGGAGGCCCGUCGAUCGAGUCUGGCUUUGAAGGAGACCUGUGAGAAGGCGGAGCAGAAGAACAUCGACUUAGCAGCAGCUUGUGAAAAGGCGCAUGCAGGAGCGAGGCUCCAUGCAGAUCGCGCCGUCCAGCUCGAGGGCUCCUUGCAGGAGAAAGACAAGGCCCUGGUGCAGAGAACAGCCGAAGCGGCAACCUUGCAGGAAGACGCCAAGAGGCUCAAUGCUGAAGUGGCGCGGCUUCAGAAGUCAACAGGUGAACAGGCUGCUUUGACCAACAAGCUCCAGGCUGUCAGCGAACACGCGACCAAGCUCAAGUUGUUGGACGAGCAGCGGGAAGAGGAAAUGACGAAGGCCCAAGUGAGGAUCGUCGACAGCGAGGCCGCUGCCCAGAAGUGGGAGCAACGAGCAACUGCGGAGGCGAAGCGCGCUGCUGACUUGGAGGCAUGCCCGGUUUUCAUGUUCAACUCAACAGAACAAAAGUAUUAG